AGUGCGCCGGGGCUCUGUGUGUAGGCAGCAGCGCCAGAGGAAGAGGAGCACGAGGAUGCAGCUGCGACCGCGGCCCCAAGAGGGAGCAGCCACUGUUCUGUGGUCUCGGGGCCCAAGAGAUUGGAAUUAAGCCUGGGGGUCCGGUUGCCGAGAGGACUAGGGCAGCGGGUCCUGCCAGAAGCUCGGCCUGCUAUCCGGGGAGAGUUCGGUCCGCUGGGCCAAGGCCUGCCGCCUUUGCCUUCUCCUGGCCCUCCAAGUCGAUGGUGGUGAAGUUGGUGGCUUCCAGGGGCACAAGCACCAGGCUGCUUCUCUUGUACCCAGCGCCUCUCUGGCCCUGCUUGGACAGCUGCGACGCCGCCUCCUCUCGCCGGCAGAUCCCACCCUCAGCGGCGGGGGAGGGGGAAAGUUUUCCCUCAGCAGGGGCUGUGUGAUGCAGGGCGACAACGAGACCUUAGGAGAGUAGGGUUUGUUUAUAUGUUGGACUACAUUGAUGGAUUUCCAUAUAUUGAACUACCCCUGUAUGCCUGGGAUGAAGCCUACUUGGUCAUAGUGGAUAAUAUUUUUGAUGUGUUCUUGGAUUCUAUAUGAAGAAGCCAACAAUUGAGUUUUCUCCUGGUUAUACUGUGCUGAGCUGGAGAGAGAGAUUAUGAUGAAUGCAACAUGACCAAAUGUCUCACAUUCCUGCUUCCAUAUCUUCACUGCCAUGAUGGACUAUACCCAUUCAAACUGGUCUCCCUGUGUUGCCUGUUGGGAGGGAUAUCUCUCCCAAGGCUCAAGGGAAUCUCCUGUCUUGGUCUUCUGAAUUAAUCGGACUAGAGAGACCACUAACAUCUGAACAUACAAAACCAAACAGACAAACUCUUGCACCAUUGCUACCCCAGCAUUUGACUCUAGAGGAAUGCCACUGUACAUGGAUUCGAAGCAGGUUAAAAAGAAAAAUAGCUGAUUAGAUCUCAGAAUACCCAGUGAACGGGAUGACAGCCACAGCUGCAGUGGAGACACCAAAAAUGGAGAAGAGUGCUUCCAAGGAAGAGAAGCACCAGCCAAAGCAGGAUAGCACCAACCGAGGCAAUGCUGAUUCUGAAGAAUGGAUGAGCUCUGAGAAUGACACUGAACAGAUGAACUUUAAGAGUGGCCACAACAGCUACCAAUCUGCAGACACUCAGUUGAAGAAGAAAGAGAUGCCCUCCAAGCCACAUCGCCAGCUCUGUAGGUCACCCUGCUUGGACCGGCCAAGCUUCUCCCAGAGCAGCAUUCUACAGGAUGGGAAGCAAGAUUUGGAGAAGGAAUACCAAGCCAAGAUGGACUUUGCUCUAAAGCUGGGCUAUGCAGAAGAACAAAUUCAAUCAGUGCUUAAUAAACUAGGCCCAGAGUCCCUUAUUAAUGAUGUAUUGGCAGAGCUUGUCAAACUUGGAAACAAAGGUGAUUCAGAAGGGCAAGUGAACUUGAGUCUGUUAUUGCCCCGAGGAGCUAGCUCCAGAGAGAUUGCAAGCCCUGAAUUGUCUCUUGAAGAUGAAAUAGACAAUAGUGAUAAUUUAAGACCAGUUGUUAUUGAUGGAAGUAAUGUUGCAAUGAGUCAUGGGAAUAAAGAAGAAUUCUCCUGCAGAGGAAUACAACUUGCUGUGGAUUGGUUUUUAGACAAAGGCCACAAAGAUAUCACUGUAUUUGUACCAGCAUGGAGAAAAGAGCAAUCCCGUCCUGAUGCACCAAUUACAGAUCAAGAUAUUCUACGAAAACUGGAGAAGGAAAAGAUUCUCGUCUUCACACCAUCCCGAAGGGUCCAAGGCAGAAGGGUGGUCUGCUAUGAUGACCGGUUCAUAGUCAAAUUGGCUUUUGAUUCUGAUGGCAUCAUUGUGUCCAAUGAUAACUACCGAGACCUUCAAAUUGAAAAGCCAGAAUGGAAGAAGUUUAUAGAGGAGCGGUUGCUGAUGUAUUCUUUUGUGAAUGAUAAAUUUAUGCCUCCAGAUGAUCCUUUAGGACGCCAUGGUCCAAGCCUUGAGAAUUUCUUAAGAAAGCGACCUGUUGUUCCUGAGCAUAAAAAGCAACCAUGUCCUUAUGGCAAAAAAUGUACCUACGGCCACAAGUGCAAAUACUAUCACCCGGAGCGGGCCAACCAACCCCAGCGUUCGGUGGCUGAUGAGCUCCGAAUCAGUGCCAAACUGUCCACAAUGAAAAUAAUGAGCGAAGACACCCUGGCCAAAUGUGGCACAGGGAUGUCUACUGCCAAAGGUGAGAUAACCUCAGAGGUCAAACGUGUCGCCUCCAAGCGCCAGUCAGAUCCCAGCAUCCGUUCUGUAGCUGUGGAGCCUGAAGAGUGGCUAUCCAUUGCCCGUAAACCUGAGGCCAGUUCUGUCCCUUCACUUGUGACCGCUUUAAGUGUCCCUACAAUUACUCCCUCCAAAAGCCAUGCAGUGGGGGCACUCAACACCCGUUCAGCCAGCAGCCCAGUGCCAGGGUCCUCCCAUUUCCCCCAUCAGAAGGCCUCUUUGGAACACAUGGUCAGCAUGCAAUACCCUCCUAUCCUGGUUACCAACAGCCAUGGCACCUCUGUUAACUAUACUGAGCAAUAUCCAAAGUUUGAGAACAUGGGGGACCAUGACUACUAUUCAAUGUUAAGCGACUUCUCCAAAUUGAACAUCAACAGCAUGCAUAAUCAUGAGUAUUACAUGGCUGAAGCAAACCAGGGGGUAUAUGUUCGGAAUCCCAGCCUCCGUCCCGACAGUCACAUGAGCCAUACCAGGAAUGACAACUAUUCCUCCUACAACAACUUGUAUUUGGCUGUAGCUGAUGCCCAUCCCGAAGGCACUUUGAAGCUGCAUCGCUCAGCAUCUCAUAACCAUCUUCAGCCUUUUUCCCAUGGUUACCAUGAAGCCUUAGCGAGAGCACAAAGUUAUGGUUCAGAAGAUUCCAAGCAAGCACCCCACAAGCAGUCAGUCCCUCACUUAGCUGUGCAUACCCAAAACCCAGCAACUGGAGCACACUCUAGCUGUCCUGGAGACUACACCAUGCCUCCCAAUAUCCAUUCUGUGGGACCCUCCCAGCCAGGCCGUGCUCUGGUGAUGACUCGGAUGGACAGCGUUUCUGACUCCCGCCUCUAUGACAGCAAUCCCAUGAGGCAGAGGAGACCUCCUCUGUGCAGGGAACAGCAUGCUAGCUGGGACCCUUUGCCUUGUACAGCCGACUCCUAUGGAUACCACUCCUAUCCCUUAGGUAACAGCCUCAUGCAACCAUGUUAUGAACCAGUCAUGGUAAGGAGCAUGCCGGAAAAAAUGGAGCAGAUUUGGAGGAAUCCUUGGGUUGGAAUGUGCAAUGAUUCCAGGGAGCAUACGAUACCAGAGCACCAAUAUCAGACGUACAAGAACCUCUGCAACAUCUUCCCUUCUAACAUUGUUCUUGCAGUGAUGGAGAAGAAUCCCCACACGGCAGAUGCUCAGCAACUGGCAGCCUUGAUUGUUGCCAAGCUUAGGGCUGCACGUUGACCUGGCAUAGAACGUAUUCCGUUACAUAAAUAUGAAUACUAUUAACACAUUGAUACUAUAAUUCUAGUAAGUAACAAUUUGUGUUGUGCUUUUAAAAUUACAGAAUAUUUAUAUCAUUUAAGUACAUAGCAACAACUCUGUGAGAUAGAUCUCAGUAAGAUCUGGUUUUAUAGAGAAGGAAAUGAAGCUUCAGGUUAGCAAAUGACCAAGUCAAGACACACACCUAAGUUCUCUGGCCCAAUGGCCCAAGCCCUUUUCCACUGGAGCGUGAAAGUAAUGGAGGACAAAACCUAUGAAGCCCAAGUGCAAGAAACCCCAAAGGAUUUCUUUACCAUUGUUUUCUUUCCAUUUUUCUUCUUUAGUGAUUUUAGAGACAGGGUCUCUCCUUUGUAGCCCUGACUUUCUUGAAACUUGCUUUGUUGACCAAAUUGGCCUUGAACUCAGAGAUCCACCUGCCUCUGCCUGCAGAGUGCUCUGAUUAAAGGCAUGUGACAAUACACCCAGCUAGCAUUUCUUGUUUUCCUUAAUCACACAUUCCAUAUUAUAAAGUAUGGACCAUCUGUCCAAUUUAGAAAGCAAAUACAUGAGGAUCAGAUUGUACUGUGAAUUAACCUUUUAAGAUAUUAUUUUUAAAUAAGAGAUAUUUAAAACUAAAAGUAAACAGAUUUUAUUGCAUGGCUAUCUGAUCAUUCAAUAUCUUUAAUCAAGUAUAGGGUCACAUUGAAGCUUCUAGAGACAUAGUUGAACCCUCCUCUUAGCAAUUCUACUGCAUGCAUGAAUUUAUAUAUUUGGUUUGAGAUGUGUUUGUAUCUCUGGUAUCAACUUUUCUAGAGUGAUAAUGAGACGGUAAGCUCUAUACGGCCUAUAGUUUUCACCUGUAUAGAACACAAGUACAACUUGAUUUUGUCACAUUUUAUAGUUUCAGUUAGAUUCCAAAGUCAAAUCACAUGCUGAUAUUUAAAGUUUGCUUUCUUAAGCACCAGAGUAAAUCAGCUGUAUUUCUCUUAUGUAUUUUUUACUUGACCAUAUUUAUUAACCAUCUUAGCUUUCAAGUCUCUUCAUUUUAGCAAAUUAGGGGUCCAACUGAAGCUUUCUGUAGCUAAUAAGCUCAUGUUCAACACUUAGUAUAUAUAUAAUACACAAGACCUAACGAGCUGGACCAGACCAAGGGACUUACUAGCAGAAUCGGCUUCCCUUACCCCAGAAGGGAUGGCAGUAAGGGAUAACAAAGUUGAAAGUUCUAACCAAUUCAACAUUACAGGACAAAGUGUAGUGGAAGAGAGUGCAAGCCACUCUCUCCUGCUGUCCACCCUUUGAGCAAUAAGAUCAGAAACUGGUAGAGCAGAAUUUCUUUAGGAAACAAAACCAGGGUAUUUUCAAGAUGGCAAAAAACAGCUUCCAAAGGGGAAGUGCUCUAUUAUGCACUUCAAAUCGAUGCAAAGAGGGUGCACUGGUUGUUAGAUCAUUCUGAGAUGCAUUUUUUUAAAAAGGUAUGGCUUUAGGAUCAGGCAGCACCAUUUGCACAAUUUGAAUCUUACUCUGGGUAGAAUCACUUAUAGCUAUAUGCCUCUAAGAGCGGCACUUUUUUUUUUUUUUCACAAUGAUGCACUAAAUGGGCCCUCCUUUCUGAAUCCAUUGUGUAUUUCAACAUUUUGAACCAUGACCAGCUCACAGUUUCUGAGCCUGGAACUUACUAACUUCUACAGUCCUUUUUCAUGAGAGUUGAGAAGGCCUGGCCUUGGCCUUUUGUUUCUUCAUGAGAAGGUAUAAUACUGCCUAUAAAUGUUUCUUACUGUGAAACGCUCUGAAUGUGAGGCUGUAGUCAGGGUUGUUUCUGGUGGUUUGAUAAUGGCUUACAUGCUGCUUUCCAGCUUUCUCUGUGAAAGUUGACGAAUAGUAUGUCUGAACCAACAUUCACUUAGCCACAGCUUCACAAUUAUCUCAUCCUACCCUUUAAUGGUUUCAUUCCCCAGUAUACUGAUAACCUGUAACAAACAAUAUUUUCUAUCAAGUAGGUCCAUAUAAACUGACAGUUGCCACUAAAGUGCUCGCUAUCUCACACAAGUACUUUGAACUUCCUGGACCUUCUAAAUCUGCCCCAUGACUAAAGCAGGGUAUCUGACGCUCUCAGAAUACUCCAAUGCCUUUGUACCAAUCAGUUCAUCUUCUUAACAGUGACACCGCAGUGUCCUUUACCUUCCCAAUUUACUGGGAAGCUCAAGACUCGUCUUGUCAGCUGCAGUUCACCUGGAGUAUGUUCAUGUUUAAAAUUCAAAAUGGUUGUAAGCUCCUCCCAGUAGCGGGAAUAUUUUUAAGCUAGCGUAUGUAUUUUUUACUUUCUACGAAAGAAUUGCCAAUCUCCUCUGCUAAUAAAAUGUGUAUGAACCAAAGCAGCUAAGAGCAAUGCCUCAAAUAACCAGAAAUGACCUUUUGUUGAUACAAAUUGUAUCUCUUUUUCUCCUGAUUGUAUAGAAACAAAUAUACAAAACUCAUCUUAAACUAUGUUUAGUACUUAAUUUUCACCAUAUUUGUGGCACUGUGUGUCACAGGAAAGUAGCCCAGGGGUCAUGAGGGAGCUUUUAUUUCCAAAGGGCAGUAGUAGUGGCAGUAGUAGUUUAUAGACAAAUACAGUUUUCAAGGCCUCUUUAUUGUUAGAUGCACAAAUACUGUGUGUACAAUCUGCAACACUGAUUAUCUUUUGCCUAUUAAAUUUACUAUGUCCUUAUUAAUGGGAUUUUUAUAAAGUGUCAGUAGUAAUAAAACAUAUGUAAGAAUCUUUAAUGGAGCUGUAUAAUUAUAGAUGCAUAAAUCUACUUUGGUUCUUACAUUAGAGAAUUUUUUUUUUAUAUUGAGAUCUACAUACUUCUUGACUUUUCCAUUUUGUCUAUAAUUAUAAAAUAGCAAAUAAAGAAGAGCAUUGAGACCUCGUUAGACCCUUCAAGGGGCUAAGUGUGUGCCCUUCAGGAUACUUACCUCCAAGUACACAGCAGGAGUUAAGGCACAAUGUUCUGUGUGGAUUUCAAGAAGCAACGGAUUCUGUAAGAGGUGCUUUGUAAUUUGAAUUCCUUCACUGAUUUUCUGACCUCACAGCAAAUCUCUGCCUGUUCGGGCCUUAGACUUUGUGGAUUUUCUGAUUUUCGUUUUCUUGUUGUGACCUUAUUAUUGUUGUUGUUUUCAUUUCCACCUUAAGGAGAAAUGUGAUUCUGGAGGGGCAUGGUCAAUCCAGGGCACCCUUUCUAUAAGACAGCUCAAAGAAAAAGGAACCUUUCAAAGGUAACAUGGAACUAUUGAACUCAUUUAAGGUACCAGGUAUGGAAGGGAAAAUGACAGAUGCCUUAUGAAAAUGGUCUGUAAAACUUUUCUUCUAAGUAAUGAAACGUAUGGCAUGAUUUUUCUUUCCCUCUCUUACCCUCUCAACCCCUUCUAGUUUUUAAGAGACUACUUCUCUACAACCUUUUAUUUCUUUUUUAAUAAAUAACCUUUAUAAAAUAAAUUAAUAUCUAUUCAUCUUUGUUACAGUUUCCCUCUAAUACGGAACAGUUCAUUGUGAAGAGGCUCUCAGUUAACAUUCUAUCUGUGCUCUAAGUGUGUGGCUUUGUAUAAGUGCCCUUUGGAGGGCCAACAGUUUCAAUAACAGUUUGUUUUGCUCUGUAAAUCAGGCUUGGAUUUGCACAGGGAAAGUAAUGCCAAGCUGUCCAAAGAGCCCUGCUCAGGUUUCCUCCUAACCCUUCUCAUCCUCCUCCUAGUUUGCUUCUCUUCAGGUAUGAAACUGAGGAGUGCAUAAUCUUCAACCAAAAUGGCACUAGUGUUAGUUUUCAUCAGAAACAAAACCAGUGUUUUGUGUUUAAAGAACUUGCUUGUCUAAAGUAGUCAAUGCCUGUGUGAAGACUCAGCAUAUUUGAUAUUUAUUGUAUUAUAGCUAGCUAUACACAUAGGCAGACUGACUAUUUUUAGUCCUGGUUUGUGUAUCAUUAAGCUAUAGUAAUUUGUUUUAUCCAUUUGUGGGAUUAAAUGGUAUUGUUUAAUGGUUGUAAACUUUUUAUAAAACCACUUUGGGUUUCUUGUUUGACCCAAACAUAAUGUAAGUCUCAAUGACAAAAUAUACAGAGCCAACCUGAGGUGAGUGAAAAUAUAGCCCUUCCCCAAAUUUGUCUGUCCUAUAUAACGCAUGUGCAAUGCUUUAUACAAUAUUCCCACUAGCAUGAAUAUACUUAUGACUUCUUCAUGAGCUUUAUUUCACCUAAAAUUGUGAUGAAAAUGCUGUAUCAUUGACAAUGAAUUGUUUAUUGCAUAAACUAUUUGUCUACUAAUCA